AAGAGUUCAGGCUGAGGCCAGGGCCCAAAAAAUAUGUCUGUAAACUUUCAAUGGAUCCAAACACAGCAAACACACAUCUCUGUUUAUCUGAAGCAAACAGAAAGGCAACAUGGAAAAGUGAGAAGCAGCCUCAUCCCAAUCAUCCAGAGAGAUUUAGUGGGUUUUGUUAUCAGGUCCUGUGUACAGAGGGUCUGCGUGGACGCUGUUACUGGGAGGCUGAGUGGAAUGGGAAUGGCGCUGCUACAGGCGUGGCUUAUAAAGGCAUCAAUAGGAGGGCUUUGAGUGACCAGUCCUGGACUGGAGCCAAAGAUAAGUCCUGGCUGGGAUACAAUGACAAGUCCUGGAGUCUGUACUGUGCUCAUAACACAUUCUCUGUUAGGCACAAUAAUCAGAGUGACUACAUACCGGCCCCCUCCACAUUCUCCAGAAGAGUAGGGGUGUAUUUGGACUGGCCAGCAGGAACUCUGUCCUUCUACAGUGUCUCCCCUAACACAGGCAGCCUCACACCUCUGUACACAUUCCAUUCCACAUUCACUGAGCCUCUCUAUCCAGGGUUUUGGGUUUGGGAUUCCUCAGUAUCUCUGUGCCAGUGAGAAGAUGCUUCCCUUUUUGUGGGACACAACAAACACAUUUGACACUUUAAACAAGCAUGACUACGUCAAAGCAUAGCAUAGCUUUCUUUGUGGAUUAAUUUAAAAUGUAAGGUAA